UCAGUAAUCAAACAGCAAGUCAAAAUAUUAUUCUCUCUGAGACUGCCAAGAGAUCUUUGCACAAUGUCAAAAGUGAUUAUCACAAGCUGAUUAUAUGCAAUGAGAAUAAUUAUUAUAAAUUUAUUACAAAAUUCUUACACCUGACAGGUGAGGUCAAGAUUGUCAAUAGAGACUACAAGACAGACUUCAAUGAUAAGCUGUUCUUUAAUCUUCAGAGAAUGAUAGCAGUAGUCAAUACAAUCACAAAUACAUAUAUUGAGUUUCAGAAGAUUUGUACUCAGGUAGCUUAUAUCUUUCAGAUAAUUAAUAUCUUUAAUAGUCAAACUCUCUCUGACACCUCUGCUACAAAAUUCUAUAUUAUGAAGAAAACUAUAAGCACUUAUUCAGAUAUUCAGUGGUAUUACUGCAAGGAGAAAAAUCACAUUACAAGGAACUACUUCAUGAAAUAG